CCGCUCGUGUGGCGCUGGGCGUCAUUCUCACUCACGAGAACCGACCGUCCUCAACUCUCUUUGCCGAACCCACCACCGAAAAGGGGGAUCCACAUGUUACCAAGAAAAAAAAAAGAGAGAGCCAUUAAAAAACUCAUUAUCAAAAUCCCAUCCUACCUCAGCAAUCGCUUCCUCGUCUCGCCGACGGAGUGCCUUCGCAACCAAACAACAAAACUCCCCACACAAUAGCGAAGGGCGAACGCCCAGGUUUCGUCUAAACCCUAGAUCUCGAUCCAUGAACGGCGAAGAAGACGAGCUUCUGGAUGUUCGUACCCUCGACCAGAUCGGGGAGGAGCCGCCGCUCCCGCCCCUGCCGGAGAGCGAGGAGACCACCCUUCCCCACUGGGAGGACGAGGGGGAGGGGGGAGCAGCGAUGAUUGGAGCAACCGAGGUGGACGACUCGCAGCUCCUCUUCUCUCCCUCUGCCGGCCCGUCACCCCUGAUCGGAGACGAGGAGGAGGCUUCUGCCUUCGAUCCGGCCGCUCCCGGAGAUUCUGCUGCUGGAGAGGAGGCCCCUAAGAUGGGCGCGGCAAUUGCGGACCCCAGAGCCGAGGCCGCGAGCCAGGGCAUCGGAAAGCGGAAACGCGGCCGACCGCCUAAGGCCCAGGGCGGCGGAAGGGCGCUGCCAGCGAAGAGGAAGGAGGAGGAGGAAGUGUGCUUCAUAUGCUUCGAUGGGGGUAAUCUUGUGGUCUGCGAUCGUAGGGGUUGUUCAAAGGUGUAUCACCCGGCAUGUGUCAACCGGGACGAUGCCUUCUUUCGCACAAGAGGACGGUGGAAUUGUGGUUGGCAUAUAUGUAGCAUAUGUGAAAAGGCAGCUCAGUACAUGUGCUAUACCUGUACCUAUUCUCUGUGCAAAGUUUGCAUUCGAGAAGCUAAUUUUUUUUCUGUUAGAGGGAGCAAAGGCUUCUGUGAGACUUGCUAUAGCACUGUAAUAUUGAUAGAAUCAAAUGAGAAUGGAAAUGAGAAUAAGGCUGCUGUUGAUUUUAAUGAUAGGAAUAGUUGGGAAUAUCUGUUCAAGGAAUAUUGGUUAGAUCAGAAAAGAAAACUAGUAUUAACAUUAGAAGAGCUGAAAAAUGCUAAAAAUCUGUGGAAAGGAUCUGGUGUUUCUGCAUACAAUGGGGAAUCUUCUGAUGAAUUAUAUAAUGCUAAUGAUGACCAAGAAGAUAGCUCUGAGAGCUCCUCAGGAUACCAUGAUGGCAGUGCUUCUUCCAGAAAAAAAGUGAGAAAGCAUCGGAAUACUGUUGAUGAUGAAAGUUCAGCCAAAGAAGUAGAUGGUGAAAUGACAUCCAUGCCUGAAUAUCCUGAGUGGGCUUCGCAAGAGCUUUUAGAAUUUGUGGUACACAUGAAAAAUGGUGAUAAAUCUGUUCUGACACAGUUUGAUGUUCAGGCUCUUUUGCUUGAGUAUAUAAAACGAAAUAACCUUCGUGAUCCUCGUAAAAAAAGUCAAAUUGUUUGUGAUCAACGGCUUCAGAACUUAUUUGGGAAAGCCCGUGUGGGGCAUUUUGAAAUGUUAAAGCUUCUAGAGUCACACUUUCUUAUAAAAGAGGCAUCACAGGCAGAUGCAGAUGACAAUCAAGCGGUAGUUAUAGAUCCUGAUUCUGGUCAAGUUGAUGCUGAAGGAUACAGUGAUACGACAGCAAGAAUGAGUUUAGAUAAGAGAAGGAAGUGCCGCAAAAAGAUUGAAGAGAGAGAACCACAGACCAAUCUUGAUGAUUAUGCAGCGAUAGAUGUUCAUAACAUCAAUCUCAUUUACCUCCGUCGCAACUUGAUGGAGAAUUUGAUUGACGAUAUUGACAGUUUCAAUGAGAAAGUUGUUGGGUCCUUUGUAAGGAUAAGGAUUCCUGGUACAGGUCAGCGGCAAGACAUGUAUCGCCUUGUGCAAGUUGUUGGGACACAAAUGUUUGCAGAAAAAUACAAAAUUGGAAAAAAAACAACAGAUAUUGCACUGCAGAUAUUAAAUUUAGACAAGACAGAGGUUGCAACUAUUGAUAUCAUCUCAAAUCAGGACUUCACUGAGGAGGAGUGCAAACGUUUAAGGCAGAGCAUAAAAUGUGGUUUGAUUAGUCGGCUAACAGUGGGAGAUAUCCAGAAGAAAGCUAGGGUUCUUCAAGCUGUGAGAGUUGAUGAUUGGUUGGAAAGUGAGAAGUUGCGGCUUGGUCACCUUCGUGAUCGUGCAAGUGAAACAGGUCGUAGAAAGGAGCUUAGAGAAUGUGUAGAAAAGUUGCAGAUUCUGAGCACCCCGGAGGAACGCAUGCGUAGACUAAAUGAAGUUCCUGAAAUACAUGUUGACCCACAUAUGGAUCCAGAUUAUGAGUCUGCUGAAGAAGAAGUGGAUGACAAAAAAGGAGAUAAGUACAGUCGGUUGAGGGAAUCUCUGUCUCGUAGGAAGGGAAGGGAUUUAUUUCCUCCUGGCAGAGUGUCAGGAUCAAAUUAUAAUGGGACUGGUGCGUCAAUAAGUUCAAGCAGUUUGAACAGAGGUUCACGGACAGAAGAUGCACAAGACAAGUUGGAUGCAUAUAGUGGUGGGGAUAGGACAAAUGAAUUGUCCUGGAAUCAAGGUAAGGAUGCACAAUGGACAAAAAGCUGGGGAAUGCCAAAUACCCAAACAAGUGCGACAGAUCUGGAGGCUGGCAUUUGGAAUAAUAACCAACUUGCUACAAAACCUGGAAGUACACAUGGUGUUGUAAGCGAAACAUCCGCAUCUGUACCUUCUAGACUUUCUGUACCAUCAAAUGGCAAUGAGAAUGAUAAGGUCUGGCACUAUCAAGACCCAGCUGGAAUUGUCCAGGGGCCAUUUUCAAUGGCACAGUUGCGCAAGUGGAAUAAAUUCUUUCCACCUGACUUGAGAAUUUGGCUAACAACUGAGAAGCAAGAAAAUUCUGUAUUAUUGAUGGAUGCUCUGAAGUCCCAGAAUGGUUUGCCACAGCAGGACACUCAGCAUAAUGGCCAUCUUCAGCCUGCAAAUUUUGCAGGUCCAAAGGGCAAUAGAGAUAGUAAAUAUGAAGGUGGUUGGAGAGGGGCUAAUAAUUCUACAUGGGUAGGCAUGCAGAAUGGGAGCAACUGGAGUGUGAGCCAGAAUAAUGCUACUUUCUCCACUGCUGGUAAUACCCUGGCAAAUGCUGGUAGAUGGGCUACACAGUCAGCUAACUUGUCUGCACUUGAAAUGGAGGCGGUCAAGGGUAAUGAUGCUUGGUUUGGCCAGCCCAAUGGUCAGAGAAGCCCCAGAUCUACAGCCCCAUUUUCUGGGAAUCCAUACCAACAGCCAUCGUAUCAAGGUGGAGGGGAUCAAGGAAAUGCUGUUGUAUGGAAUAGAGGCCCGGAUCAUGGAAUUGCAUGGAAUUCAGACAGGUCCAGGGGGUCAAGGACUGGUGGUCAGGGUUAUGAAAGACAGCAUUCUAGUUGGAGCUUUCUAAACCAGCAAUCUCAACAAACUUCUGGAGAACCUUGGAAGGCCCGACCAACAAAUGAUUCUAAUCUACAUGUUCCCACCCAACAGCCAAGUAGGACAGACUGGACUAGUGUUCAAGGUUCUUUACAUGCAUCUGCAUCUACAGCUGCUUCUAUUCAACCUAUAAGCUCUGGCUGGGGCACCACUCAAGGUACUGGAUUCAGUGGGCCACAUAAAUUACCCACAGUGAAUCCUGAUGGGGAUCGGAAUGUGCUAAACCAAUCAGAUAGUGGGGGUUCAUGGUCUGUCGCAUCUGCUUCUGUGCCUAGUAUGAGUAGAAUGGCUGAUGUUGGUGGUGCCCAGAUUCUUGAGACGGUAGAUCAGUUUGGUAAUCCUCCACUAUCCAGUCAGCAGAAACCUACUGAAUCUAAUGCUCCAAAGAUUUUGGUAAACCAAUCAGCUCUUUUCCUCAAAAAGAAGGAAAUAAUUUCUUCAGAUGAUGCUACAGUUUCAGGUGGCCCUGCCAUGAAUAAGAGUCAGAGCUUUGAAAGUGGUUAUCCUAGUCCAACUCCUCAAUCUGAUAGGCAGGAGUUUUCUGUAGACGAGCCUAAUGAAUCUGAUCCUGCCAAGAAGUGGCCUCAAGCACAUGAUAGCUCAGCUUCUAUAAGUCAGGGGUCUGAUCCUGAUCCCGCUUCUCUUGCAUUCAGACCAUUGGAUCCACAUGCCCACCUUUCACCUAAGGUAGGUAACAUGCAAUUGCUGUCAAGGAAUUCAGAUGAAGAUGUGGCAGAUAAAGGAAUCAUAAGUGAGAUGCAAAACUUAUCUGCUCAGAAAUCUCUCUCUGAAGAGCAGAACAAGCAGCCUCCUCUAGCAGUUGUGGAAGAGAAGCUAGUUGAUCCUGCCUCAAGCAUUAAACCGACAGUUGAAUCUGAUAUGUUGGAGCUCUCUUCAGCUCAAAGAUCAGAAACCGCAUCAGCUUCCAAGCCGCUGUCUGAAUUGCAGGAACCAAAUGGUUCUAGUAUAGUUCCUGCACCCUCAGGGAGAGAGCUGCACUUCUCAGGUCCUGAUCCUAUAAAAUAUUCUGAUUUGGAAGGCACACAAGAUACAACCACCAGUGAAUGGUCAUUGCCAUCUCCAACCCCAGGUUCCAGGCCUUCUGGAUGGGAUAUCGGUGCUGAUUCUACCUCAGGAAGAUUACCAAACCCUGGCUGGGGCACCAAGGCAAAAGAUGUUCCGAGUUGGGGAGGGGCUCCACAACUCAAUGUAGGUACAGGACCAGCACAACAAAGUGAAAACAGGGGUUGGGCAACAGCAAUACAAGGACAUGCACAUGCAGAUAGUGGAGCACCAACCCAGGUAAACACAAAUACCAACGCAGGUUGGGGAACAUUAGGACAGGUAAGUAACAAUGCAAAAAUUGACUGUGGAGCACAAGUACAGGGAAAUACAAAUGCAAACUUACGUUGGGAACCUCCAGCUUGGGGGAACUUAACGAGUCCGAGUUUGGGAGCACCCUUCCAGGGAAACUCAAACCCAAAUACUAGUUGGUGCGCACCUAUCCAAGGAAACUCAAACCAGUUUUCUGGUUGGGGAGUACCACCAACAGGAAAUGGGAAUCAGAAUCUUGGGUGGGGUGCACAAGCACAGCAGGUUAAUAGAGAUGCAAGUGCUGGUUGGGGAACAGGGAGCAAUAGGAGCUGGAAUUUGCCAGCCGGAGAUCCUGAUAGCUGGGGCACUCAACGGAUGCAUCAUGGAGAAAACCACCCUGAGGGUGGGGAAUCAAGGCAUGGUGGUGGGAGAAGCUUAUGGAACAGGAGCCAGUCUGCUAGCAGUGGGGGGUCAUCACGAAUACCUCCGAGAGGAGAAGGGCCGAAAGGCCAAGGGCAGAGAGGAGUGUGUAGAUUCCAUGAGAAUGGGCACUGCAAGAAGGGUGCAUCCUGUAAUUAUCUGCAUCCAUGAUUGGAAUUUUUAAUUUUCCGUCUCUUUUCUUGUACAGCAUAAUCACCUUGGUAGCUGAUAUGAGAUCAUGAAAGCUCUGCUUUGUCAUGCCAUGUAGAAUUUUUGUGCAGGUAGUAGAGUGUAUACAAUUUUCUUUCCAGCUCUUUGCACU